AUGAAGAAAAUAGAUGAAGAUAAUAACGAUAUUCGUACUAAAUAUAAUAUUGGUACAGAUUCAUGUACUCAACCAUGCGAUUUUAAUGAUUUUUUAGUGUUUGAUAAAGAACCAUGUGCAGCAGCAGCAGCAGAAAAAAAUAAAUUAAGUUCGUUGUUAACAGACAAAACAAUUGAAGCACUAGCCUUUCCUCAUUUUUUUCCAGAUGGCAAAGGAUCAUUUGAUGAAGAUCGUGGAUCAAAUCUUAAAUGGAAAGAAUAUUGUAAAGCACGUCUAUUUUCGUCAGAUUCUCGGUUUGCUGCCGAUUCAAGCUAUAUCUUUUUUCUACAAUACUUAGGCGACUUGAAACAAGUCUAUUCCGGAAUCAAUGUUGCUUUUCGGAAAAAGUUACCAAUGAAUGCAAAACAAAGUUUAGAUGAAAUGCAAAUGAAAUUUUUAAUGAAUAAAGAUAUGAUAUAUCGCCAUUUGCAAUGUGUUCGAGGUAGUCCACAGUAUUGGCAUAAACGUUUAAAAGAUCUAUUCGGAAUGACACGUCAGUUAGGUUUUCCAACGUUUUUUCUUACAUUAUCAUGUGCUGAUCUACGUUGGAAAGAAUUCGUUGAUACUUUUGUACGUCAUACUGGAGCUCCAAUAAAGGAAUCAUAUACAUUUGAAGAAAAAACAAAACUUUUACGUGCGAAUCCUGGCUAG